AUGACGGGUCGAGGAAAGUCAGGUAAAAGCCGUAGCAAAGCCAAAAGUCGUUCAUCUCGAGCUGGACUUCAAUUUCCAGUUGGCAGAGUACACCGUCUUUUACGUAAAGGAAACUACUCGGAGCGAAUCGGUGCGGGCGCUCCAGUUUACAUGGCAGCCGUUCUCGAGUACUUGUCCGCUGAGAUCCUUGAGCUUGCCGGCAACGCUGCACGGGACAACAAGAAGACCAGAAUUAUCCCAAGACAUCUUCAGCUCGCCAUCAGGAAUGACGAAGAGCUGAACAAGCUCCUUGGUGGGGUCACUAUUGCUCAAGGAGGUGUUCUCCCCAACAUCCAAGCUGUUCUUCUUCCAAAGAAAUCCGAAAAGAGAAGCAAGCAGUAA